AAUAUCUCAGCCCUAGUAACAGGCGGUGCGUCUGGCCUUGGACUUGCCACCACCAGAAAAUUACUCCAGGAAGGUUGCAAAGUUGUAGUGUGUGAUACUAAUCGAACAAGUGAAAUUGACGAACUUGGGAAUAACGCUGUGUUUUCUGAGACCGAUAUUACGUCAGAGGAAUCUGUCAAAGAUGCAAUUGAUCUAGCCAAGUCUAAGUUUUCGCUCAUAAAUUGCGUCGUGAACUGUGUCGGUGUCGGAAUUUCCCGGAAGGUUAUCUCAAAUUCCUCAAGCAAACCGCAUGACUUGAAGGAAUUCGAACGUGUUUUGAAAGUGUGGAAUUCGGCGCCUGUUAAGAGGGACUUGCAGAUUAAUACUGUAGGAACAUUCAACGUUAUUCGUCUUACUGCGCUCUCAAUGGCUCAAAACGAACCUGAUGAGGAUGGGGGACGAGGUGUCAUUAUCAACACAGCUAGUGUGUCUGCCUUUGAGGGUCAAGUGGGACAGGUCGCUUAUGCAGCCAGCAAGGCUGCCAUCGUAGGCAUGACGCUCCCCGUUGCAAGAGAUCUGUCUCGGCAUGGGAUUCGCUGUGUCACCAUUGCUCCAGGCAUCUUCGAUACCGAAGCGGCAAUCGCUAAAAUUCCCAAAGGUGCUCUCUACCACCUUGUAAAGAGUGUCCCCUUUCCAAAUCGUCCUGGCCGACCCGAGGAGUUCGCUGACCUUGCCUGCUGUAUUAUAGAAAAUAAAAUGCUCAAUGGUACGACCAUACGACUGGACGGGGCUCUUCGUCUUCCUCCCUAA